GUGAUCCUUGGUAAUAAAAAAGAGGAUAAGAUAAAUAUAUCUACCAAACGCGGUCUUAACAAACCUUUAUUAAACAGAACAAAAUUGGUGUCAAGAAGGAACUGCGACGUCGCCUGCAUGUAUACAACAUUUUAACAUUCUCUUUCUUGCAAGAAAAAUUCUCAACAGAUCAGCAUCCACCUAAUUGGAAAACCCCAUUUCCCCAUUUGCUUCUUUCUAGAGAGAGAAAGAGGAUCUCUAAGUGAUUGAAUUUGGAAAAUUAUAGAACAUGGGGGUGGAUUAUUAUAACGUGUUGAAGGUAAACAGAAAUGCUGGAGAGGAUGAUCUGAAGAAGGGAUAUAGGAGGCUGGCAAUGAAAUGGCACCCUGAUAAGAACCCUAAUAACAAGAAAGAAGCAGAAGCCAAAUUCAAGCAGAUCUCCGAGGCUUACGAGGUCUUGAGUGAUUCUCAAAAGAGAGCGAUUUACGAUCAGUAUGGCGAAGAAGGAUUGAAAGACAUGCCACCUCCAGGAAGUGGUGGUUCCCCGUUUGGAAAUGGCGGCGGAGCUGGAUCAAAAGGGUUUAAUCCUAGGAAUGCAGAGGAUAUCUUUGCCGAAUUCUUCGGAAGUAGUCCUUUUGGAUUUGGAUCACCAGGAGCUGGGAAGUCUAUGAGAUUCUCGUCUGAUGGAAGCGGAGUGUUUGGGGGAUUUGGAGGUAACGAAAAUACUUUUCGAUCAUAUAGUGAGGGUGUUACUCGAAAGAAACCGCCGGCAGUGGAGAGCAAAUUGCCUUGCAGCCUUGAAGAACUGUAUGCUGGAUCAACACGGAAAAUGAAGAUAUCAAGAAAUGUGGUUGAUGCAAAUGGACGCCAAGUGCUGGAGCAAGAAAUAUUGACAAUCGAAGUGAAGCCAGGAUGGAAGAAGGGAACCAAGAUUACGUUUCCUGAUAAGGGUAAUGAACAGCUUGGCCAGCUGCCGGCAGACCUUGUCUUCGUGAUUGAUGAGAAGCCUCAUGACACUUACAAGAGAGAUGGCAAUGACCUAAUUGUGAACCAAAAGGUGUCGUUAGCGGAGGCGUUGGGUGGAACCACACUACACCUUACCACGCUAGAUGGUCGUGAUCUAUCAAUCCCGGUGACUGACAUUGUGAGUCCCGGGUACGAGCUACUUGUUGCCAGGGAGGGUAUGCCGAUAGCAAAAGGGCCCGCUAACAGGGGUGACUUGAAGAUCAAGUUUGAGGUGAAGUUCCCUACAAGAUUGACCCCGGAGCAAAGAUCUUCACUUAAACGAACUUUGACAGGCUGAAGAGUCCUCACAUUUUGCCAUUGUAAAUUAGCCAACAGUUUGAAAGCAUCCAUUGGAGCUACUGGACCGAGUAAAAGACGGAGAAUUCCUCGAAAAAAAGGUGGAGAAGCCCUUGAAAAGAAGGCGAAAAUCGGGCAGAAGCUCUUUGUUCUGCUAACAGUUUGAAAACUUAUUGGAUAUAUUGUACUGAGUGAUUCCACUCCAUUGUUUCUUCUUUUUCUUUCUCUUUUGUUAUAUAUUUUCUUCGUAUAUUUUGUUGUAAUCAAUGAGUGUUAGAUUGAAUUUAAACUGUAUGUAUUGACAGUUCUACAUGUUUUGU